GAAUGAAAGAAAUACGAGAGAAAUUUACGCGGGGAACCGUUAGUGUGAAAUAAAGGACAUUUUGUGGGACAUGGUACGUACUAGUUGAGCGUGAAACAUCAUGCUGUAAGCAUGUGUGAAUAGUGCCUUUAAUAGAUUAGAAAAUGGAGAGAGGCAGACUGAUACAAUAUUUAGUGGCAUUUGCCUUAUCCCUAUCAACGGCCGCAUUGGGCACUCUGUCAGCAUGGCCGACGCCUGUAAUGCCGAAGUUUCAUAACAAUCAAACCUCUGUAGAAAUAACAAAGAAUGAGAUCGCAACGAUGCUGGCCAUGUCUCCGCCAGGCUUCGUAGUUGGCAGCCUGGCCACCAGGUUCAUAUCAGACAGCCUUGGACGCCGGGCCACGGUUUUGGCGAGUGCUUUGCCGAUAGUCUGUGGAACGAUAAUCGCCGCAUUCGCAAGGGUAGCAUGGCUGCUCUGCAUUAUGAAGUUCCUAUGGGGCUUUGGUACAGGCAUGGUUUCUACGGUAGUAGGAAUCUAUCUGGCGGAAAUAGCAGAUAAAGAUAUACGAGCGACCCUAACAGUAGGCACCAGGUUUAUGUUCAAUUUCGGGAGUCUCCUGGUCAUCUCUAUCGGAACUUUCCUGUCAUACAACACCCUGAACUACACUCUACUAGUGUUGCCUGUGACGUUUUUCGUCGCUUGUCUGUUUAUACCAGAAUCCCCAUACUAUUAUCUGAAGGAAGGCCGAGUAGAACAAGCAAGGAAAUCACUUCAAAUGUUAAAGAAUAAAGAGAUUAUAGAUCAGGAGUUGGAACUCAUGAAGCGAGAUGUAUCAAAGGAAAUGAGAAACUCAAGUUCUGCUUGGGAGUUCUUCACGGGAAAACAGUAUCGUAGGCCGAUUAUGAUUGCUUUUGGAUUGAAGUUAACGCAGGUUUUGACCGGCGGAAUGUCCAUACAGCAAUACAUGGGUCUAAUCACGCAGGAAAUCGGUUUAGACGUUGGACUGUCCACUCUCCUUAUCAUAUUUGGGGCGGUCAAAUUUUUUGUUGGUAUUAUGUCAUCAACUCUUGUAGAUAGAGUGGGGCGUCGUCCAUUGCUCAUAUAUUCCUUCUUUGGCACUGGAAUCAGCUUAUCCGUCGCUGGCACUUAUUUCUUCCUCCAGGAAUACGUCCGGGUCGAUCAUGCUAUCCUCAAGUCCUACGGAAUCGCUGCUUUUGUAGCUAUAAUCCUCUCAAACGGCAUAUCGACUCUCGGUUUUAACUCCAUCAUCGGAAUAAUUUCCGCGGAAAUAUUUCCGUUAAACAUAAAGACUGUAGCGAUGACAUCUCUGAACGUUUUCGGUGGAUGUCUAGGUUUCUCUGUUGCUAAGAGCUAUCAGGCGAUUAAUAAUGUUUCCGGUUUCUACGGAGUGUUUUGGAUAUUCGCAUCCUCAGCAUUUCUUGGUGCGAUAUUUUCAUACAUCGCGGUACCUGAAACAAAGGGCAAAAGUUUACGAGAAAUUCAAGAGAUCUUGCAAAUAGGUACAGCUUGUACCGAAGAAGAGAGCAAGUUGAAUGAUGUCCAAGUCGUUGAAAUGAUAGAAAAAUGCAGGGAUAUAAAGGAGUCAAAGAAGGAUUCUAGUUUAUAGGAGUUAGGUGUGUUUUAUUAUAAGAGAGUUAUCUUAGUUUUCGUUUGCUUUCGGCUUUCAGGCCGUUAAUAUUGUACUGGUCUACUGAACAUUCUGUAGCUUUUCUAGUAGAAAUAUACUCAUAAAUCGCGGUACUUAAAUAAAGAGCCAAAUUUUCAAAGAAAUUCAAGAGUUUACAAGACUGCAGAAGAAGUACUGAAGAAGAUGAUAAGGAAAAUGAACAAGUUGAUAUGAUAUCGAAGCUGUUGAAAUAAUUGACCGAAUUCAACAUCGAGCGUAGACAUUGGGAGAGGCUUGCGGAAGGAAGAGAUGAAUGGCGCAAGAGCAUUAAUCAGGGAUGCCGUAUCUAUGACGAAGCUUGGCUUGGUGUUCUUGCUCAAAAAAGGAUACGAAGGCAUAUCACGGGAUCUUCAGAUUGCGCCGAAGGGUUUACUGCCAUAUUUGCUGCCGUGAAUGUCGCUCGCGCAACGCCUUAAUUACCAUACAAAGAAGAGUCGCUUAGACAGAGUUUGAACCGUCUCUCAAGACGUACAGGGCAUUGAUUGUAAUAAUUGAAAAUACCGAGAGUUAAAUGAGUCAAGGUAAGAUUCUAGCUUAAUAGUACUUAGGUUUGUGUUUAAUCAUAAGAGUUAUGAGAACUUUCGAAAGUGAAAAAAAGAUUUAGGUUACCUACUAAAAGCAAUUAAUAAUGUUUUGUUUUCUGCGGAGUCUUCCAGACUUUCUCUUUCAUAGCAUUUCUUGGAGCAAAAUUUUCAUAUCCAUGAUGUAUGAACAUCGGGAGAAAAAGUACAUAAAAAGUAAUUCCAGGGAUUUAUCAAAUCAGUAUUUCAUUCAAAUCAGUAUUCAAAUUCUUGGAAAAUCUCUUGAAAAAUCUCUCGAUCUGAGCAAGAUGCUAUUAUCGAAGUCGUUGGAAUGAUAGAAUAUGCAGAUUUAAAAGGGUGUUAAAAUGAUUAUAUCUUAUAUUAUUAUGUGUUUGUUUAUAAAAGAUCUAUGAGACCAAAUUAUUAAAUUGUUAAAAUAAACAAAAAUGUAUAGACUGAGAGCCUGUUUAGUGUGGUACAGCCAAAAUCAAGACCACAAAUAAAUCGAUUGCUUUAGUUAAGAGCAACAUUGAUCCAAGUUGGUAGCUAUAGCUAUAGCUAUAUUACUGUAAAAAUUUCGUGCAUUUAAAUGCAAAGCAUUUAUUAUUAUUAAUUUAAUAUCAGGGUAUAUGGCAUUUGGAUUAAACAAUUUUACUUAAGUAUACCUUUGACAAUAAUUGAAUAGUAUUGGUCUGAUAUAAAUCAUAAAAAGAGUGUAUUUUGAUCUACAAAAAAUGUUUUGAACAUUUAUAUUCGUCACCAUGACUGUUUGCACUUAUAUUUUGAAGUCAAGCGAUUUUCAGUUCCUUUUGGUUUCGAGACUGCCCGACUUCAAAAUACUGGUGCAAUAUAUUUUUCGUUUCUAUGGAACUUUGAGAGGCCUUUAUACGACAGAUGCCAAAUGUUUUAAUACUAAGGAAUUAACUCAACUGUAUUUAGCAAUCAUUGGUAAGUAUACCUACCAAUUAAUUCAAUAAGAUUUCUAAAUGCAUUAGGGUUUAUUAAUAGUUAAAAUUAAUAAUUAUUAUUCUUAAAAAAAAAUUAAACAAUUUUCCACGUGACAAUAAUUAAUGAUUGACUGAUGACAAAGUAUAAAAAUAUGACUAUCCUAUUACUUAUAAUGAAUUAAAGUAUAUUAAUUACAGACUGUCCUAUAAUUUUUCACAUAUUAAUAAUUAUUGACUGACGACGAUAAUAUUACGAAGAACGUAAAGCGUUUAUUUCGUGAUUUUUUAUAUACGCUAAGUUUCCAUAUUUUACCUCAUUGAUAAAAGUGUAUUUUUAUGUUGGAAAAAAGAAUCAAAGUCUUUCGGUCGGCUUCUCAGUAGAAUCCGUUUACCGAACCGACUUGAUAUUUCAAAAAGAGGCUUUCUUCAAAUAGAUUUGCAAAUACUUAGAUUUUGAUUUUAAUAUAAUCGAAGAUUUUUUUUAUAACUUUUUAGUGUUUUUAACACAGAAUUAAGACCACGCAGAAACCCUGUUGUGUACAUGUGUGUUAAUGUUGAAGCAUCAAACCACUCCACUUUAGCAGUGUUUCUCGAAAAGGCGGUUAGUCAAUUCA